UUACAUGCACCGUCAAUCAAUCAAAUCUUGGGAUUAAACAUUCAAAAGGUGUUUAUUGAAAUUCCUAUACAUUGUACACAUGAUCAUACCUAGUGGUCACUUGAAACCAUCGAAAUCGGGAUUUAUACAAAAAUUUCUAAAAUAAAAUCGACAACAAAGAUGCACAAGGUGGAUCGACUAGUGUGGGUUCCAUGCCUAUUCGUCCUCGUGGUGUCCUACUCCGUCAACGACAUGACGUCUCUAUCAACUUCGCUGUUAACAAACUAUAACAGGAAUCUGCGACCGGGCACGGACCAAAGCCAAGUCACCAACAUAAAUGUGAACAUCUUCUUCGUGGGCCUUCAGGAGUUUUCGGAGACCACUGGUCUUUUCGCAGCGAGGCUGUUCUUUAUGAUCAUGUGGACUGAUGAACGACUCGCAUGGACACCGGCGUCACAUAACGGGGUGUCCUCCAUGCAGUUCUCUCAAGACUCCAUCUGGGUUCCACAACUCAUCCUGACAAACCCGUAUUCGAAUUCUAAGGACUUCGGUGGGGACAAGUUGCUCUUAACGGUCACCCCACAGGGCCUUGUACGCUGGUCAACACUGGAAGUCAUGGAGAGCACGUGCAUGGUAGACAUCACAAAAUUCCCUUACGACCAGCAGGGCUGCGCAAUGAGCUUUGCUUUCUUGGGGUAUUCGUCACAGGAAGUGAAUUUCAAUGCAAAUGGCUGCUUUUUAUCCAUGAGUAGUAUGGUGAAAAACUCACUCUGGGAAAUCAGCGAUCAGGCGGAUCUGAGUAUAACUAGCCCCAGCGGAAGAAACAUUUUGACAGCGAGGUUCAGCUUCUCGAGGAAGUCCGACCCUUACACGAUAAACAUCAUUUUCCCGAUGGUAGCCAUUGCGUUUCUACACAUCACCGUCUUCUUUCUCCCGGCGGACUCCGGGGAGCGGAUCGGAUUUUCGACGACCAUUAUUCUUUCCAUCACCGUGUACCAGACAAUCGUUAGUGACAGUCUACCAAACUCAACGCUCCCAAGCCUCGCUUUCAUCUUGUACAAACUUUUCGCCGACUUCCUCAUCAGCAUAAUCGUGCAUACCCUUGUUGUCGUCAGUCUUUCUUUCUACUUACGAGAUGAUGGCAACCCUGUUCCAGGGUUCCUCGCGAGGUGCGUUCGGUUUCCAAAGUGUAGGCGACGAAAUAAAAAACUACAGGUACAACCUGCUGUCGAUCCAAUAAGCGUGAUUAAUAAGUCAAACGCUAAAAAGGACACCCUUUUAACGGAUAUGACGUCAACAUGCAACGAAGAAGUGACAUCAGAAAUCACGUGGAAAGAUGUCGGCAAAGCAUGGGAUACCAUUGCACUUGUCAUAUCAGUCUUUGCAGUUUUGGUUUCCAACAGUGUGUAUUUCGUUUUAGUGACAUAACUUAUGAUAAUAGACUAUUUCUAUGUGUAUUUCCUAAAUAUCCAAAGAGUGUGAAAAACUUAUCAUUUUUAUUAUUUAGUGAUUCAAAGCUUAAUUAUAAUACGUUACAAUGUUUUCGUAAUAUUCUUUACAUCAGUAUUUAAUAGUUUUUUUUUAAUUUUCUACAAUGUGUAAAAAUUCUCAGGGUUUUUUCUUCAGAUCACAUGAACCGAGGGUUCGUCCGUCGGUCUAUCUGUAAACUUUUUAUAUUUUUGACUUCUUCUCUAGAACUACUGGGUGAAAUUUAAUCAAACUUGGUACAAAGCAUCCCAUUAAGAAGGGAAUCUUAAUUCUUAAAAUGAAGGGUAAAAUCUUUUUUUUUUUUUUUUUACAUGAAUAUGAUUGCAUACGGUGAAAAUAGGGUGUGUGUCUUAAAUUAUCGUCUUCUCAGAAUUACAAUAUUUACAAUUUGCAAUAUUUACAAUAUUUGCCAAUAUUUACACAAAAGUUUAUAUUUAUAUAAUAAUGAAUAUUCUAAAUUUUAAAAUGGUGACCCAGGGCUUUUUGUGGCCCCAAAAGGGGUCCAAAGUUUAACAUAGAAAUAUAUAGGGAAAAUUUUUAAAAUCUUUUUCUCAAGAAAAACAAUGCUAAAACUUUUGAGAUUAAUAUGAAAGCAUUUGUAAGAUAGUGAAUUCUGAAUUGUUAAGAUCGUGACCCCCGGAAUAAUACUGGGGCAGUAAGAGGGUUAAAGUUUAAGACAGAGAUAUAAAUAUAGGGAAAAUGUUUUAUAAAAUUAUAUACUGUUGUUCAGGUGAGCGAUGUGACCCAUGGGAGAGUUAGUCCGAAAUAUCUGACGAUUUCCUGGCAUUUUUUUUUUAACAAUUUCGAUAUUAUAUUUGCCAUGAAAAUUAAAUAUCCUUGAAACGGAUAAGCAAUAUGACGAUUUUCUGGACUACAGGAGACGAGUCUAUCAAACCCAGAAAUAGUCAAUUGUGUCCAUUGAAUACAGAAAACUCCUUUUUCAACAUUAAGAAUGGUUUUUUUUUGGGGUGGGGG